UUAAAAUGGCUGCACAGCGAACUUCAUGAACAUUUUUUGAUGCAGCUUUUAAAAGAAAAGAGAAACUGCGGCAUCUGAGAUGUGUCAGAAGAUGGAAAUGCAAUCGAAAGGUUAUGUAAUACUAUAAUAUUACCAGUGUAGUACUGGAAAUGAUCAACGUGGGUCCGGCUUCAAAAUGAACAAUCAUGUAUUUAUAUAUCUUUCUCUAUCUGGAGGAGCACAAGAAACAGGAACACUAAGGAUGAUGGACGUUGGGCAGUAUCUGUGCAGGAUUGGAUGUACCAGCCCCAUGGCAGUCACUCUGGAGACCCUGCAGCAGGUCCAUCGUUGCCACCUUCUGACUGUACCCUUUGAGAGUCUGUCAAUUCAUUGCGGAGAGAAUAUCCGGCUAGAACUACCCCAUAUUUUUGAGAAAAUUGUUGUGCAGCGCCGUGGAGGGUUCUGCUACGAGAAUAACAGCCUUUUUGGCUGGCUCUUGUCCGAGCUGGGUUUUGAAGUUAAGCUUUUGUCUGCUCAGGUGCGGAAUGCAUACACAGGUGUUUAUGGACCUCCCCAGGACCACCUCAUUCUCCUGGUGAACCAGGAAGGACAGAGGUGGCUUUGUGAUGUUGGCUUUGGAGCUGGAUUUCGGACACCACUCUCUCUGGAAACAAAUUUACCACAGAGCCAGGAAAAUGGAGUCUUCCGGAUUCACUGGCGGGGAGAAACCUUAAUCCUUGAGACCAUUGAGAGAGAGAAACAGUUGCCACAAGGUGGAGGUAAAGAGCAGGCGAUUAAAGCAGAGGAGAGUAAGGGAGUGAGGGAGAUAAUGACAGAUAAGGGACAAAAAGGUUGGAAGGCCCUUUAUAAAUUUACAUUAGAAGCAUGUUGUCUGGAAGAUUUCAAGGAAAUGUUCAUCUACCACCAGACCUCACCCAGUUCACUCUUUUACUGCAAGGCGUUGUGUUCCCUUCACCUGCCCAGCGGAAGGAUUACCUACAUAGGGCACAGGCUGAUAACCACCCAUCUCCUGGGUGAAGGGACUCAGACACAGACCGUUGUGGAGCUAUCAAACACAGAAAUCUCAGCUAUUCUAAAGGAAAAGUUUGGAAUAGAGCUUUUGUACCCCCUAGUUCCCAAAGAUGUGGACAUAGUCCCACCAUCUAUCAAAUAUUAGCAUCUACAGUACCUGCUCAACAAGGUGUUUAAGGGGUGGUUUGAGAUGACAGAAAUCAAGAGCUUGCUGUGUUGAUUCUGUGUGUGUGUG